CUUCUGAUAUGGCUCAUUCAAUUCAUUCAAAUUAUUCAGAUAAAUAUCAAUAAAAUCAUAGAGUAAAGAGGAAUGAGGAUAUAAUAAUUAAAGUCUAUCACUAUUAAAGAUAUGCAACAGAUAGUGUAUUCGUCAGCAAUCCUGCGAGUAAUUGCCUAAUAAACUAAUGUACCAAUCUAAGAUUUUAUUGUUAAAAAUGAUUUCCCUUGUGACUCAACUAUUAGAACAUUGUAAGGUUCAAAACAAUAAUAUAAUUUUAGCAUCUAAUCCAAAACUAUUGACAUUGGUGCUGUCUAAUGGGGUAUGCAUUCGAUAGAGAAACUGCUGGAGUUGUUGA